AUGCCUGCCUCACGUGAUGAUGAUGUUUAUCAAGCUAAAUUGGCUGAACAAGCCGAACGAUAUGAAGAAAUGGUCGAAUCCAUGAAAAAGGUCGCUAAAAUGGAUCAAGAAUUGACCGUUGAAGAACGAAAUUUACUUUCCGUAGCCUAUAAGAAUCUAAUUGGAGCACGCCGUGCAUCAUGGCGUAUCAUUACUAAUAUCGAAAGCAAAGAAGAAAACAAAUCGGAAAAUAGUAAAAUGGCUAUGAUAAAGAAAUAUCGUUCUCAGGUCGAAAAAGAAUUACGUGAUAUUUGUCAAGAUAUUCUUGAUUUACUCGAUAAGAAUCUUUUACCGAAUGCAGCAUCCGGUGAAAGCAAAGUUUUUUAUUUGAAAAUGAAAGGUGAUUAUCACCGAUACAAAGCCGAAUUCGCCACCCAAGAGGAUCGCAAAGAAGCUGCAGAGAACUCGCUCGUAGCCUACACGAAAGCCAACGAUAUCGCACAAAACGAAUUGCCGCCAACACAUCCCAUUCGUCUUGGUCUAGCUUUGAACUUCUCGGUAUUCUAUUAUGAAAUUCUCAAUACACCUGAACGUGCCUGUCGAUUGGCCAAACAAGCUUUCGAUGAUGCCAUUGCUGAAUUGGAUACACUCAAUGAAGAUACAUACAAAGAUUCAACAUUGAUUAUGCAACUUUUACGUGACAAUCUCACAUUAUGGACAACGGAUAUGCCUGGUGAUAAUGAUAACGCACAUAACGAAGUGCAAGAUGUUGAUGAUGAACAAAAGUGA